AUGCAUUGCCAUGCUCGAAUGAAGCGUAACAAUGGAGCUCGUGGCGCAAACAGUCCGCCUCAAAUCUUGCAUGCCGUUGCUAUAUUAGGCGCAUCCACACCACGCAUGCACAAGUUUGGGACAAGAAGCAUAUCGAUCUCUCCCUGUCCUUCCUCUCUAGCUUUUGCUUCUUCUCCGAUGAUGGGUUAUCCGGGGCGCUUGGCCGCCCUCCUCCUCGUGGCCGCCACCGCCACGGCCGUCGUUGCCCACAACGACCACGGCGAACACAAGAACUACCUCGUCAUCGUGCGCACGCCGUACGAGUACGACCGGAACCUGUACAAGAACGUGUCGAGCUGGCACGCCUCGCUGCUGGCGUCCGUGUGCGACCAGGCCAAGGAGCAGCUCGACGCGGACCCGGGCGCCGCGGAGCGCCUCAUCUACUCCUACCGCAACGUCAUCAAUGGCUUCGCCGCCCGCCUCACCCCCGACGAGCUGCACCAUAUGGGCGAGAAGGACUGGUUCCUCAAGGCCUUGCCGGAGCAGACCUACCAGCUCACGACCACGCACACGCCACGGAUGCUCGGGCUCACCGGCCCCUUGUUCCACGCCGGCUUGUGGAACAGGACCAACAACAUGGGGGAGGGGAUGAUCAUCGGCAUCCUCGACGGCGGCAUCGCCGGCGCGCACCCGUCGUUCGACGGCACCGGCAUGCCGCCGCCGCCCGCCAAGUGGAAGGGCCGCUGCGACUUCAACCGCUCCGUGUGCAACAACAAGCUCAUCGGCGCGCGUUCCUUCUACGAGUCGGCCAAGUGGAGGUGGGAAGGGAUCGACGACCCGGUCCUGCCUAUCGACGACAGCGCGCACGGGACGCACGUGUCGAGCACGGCGGUCGGCGCGUUCGUGCCGGGAGCCAACGCCAUGGGCAGCGGCUUCGGCACGGCGGCCGGCAUGGCGCCCCGCGCGCACCUGGCCUUCUACCAGGUGUGCUUCGUGGGCAAGGGCUGCGACCGCGACGACAUACUCGCGGCGAUCGACGACGCCCUCGACGAGGGCAUCGACGUGCUCUCCAUGUCGCUCGGCGCUGAUGACGCCGGAGACUUCGCCGCCGACCCCAUUGCGCUGGGGGGAUUCAGCAGCGUCAUGAGAGGCGUCUUUGUCUGCACAUCGGCUGGGAACCAAGGCCCGUCCCCGGCGACAGUUGCCAACGAGGCCCCGUGGCUGCUCACCGUGGCUGCGGCCACAACUGACCGGACUUUCUCUGCGGACGUCAAGUUUGGCAAUGGGCUUGUGAUCAACGGCGAAUCGCACUACCAGCCGAGCACCUACGUGAGCGUGCAGCAGCCGUUGGUGAGGGACACUGCCGCCGACGGCACGUGCUCGGACAAGACCGUCCUGACGGCCCAGCAUGUCGCCGGAAAGAUAGUCCUUUGCAUCUCCGGCGGCAACCUGACCAACCUCGAGAAGGGAAGCAUCCUGCACGACGCCGGCGCUAUCGCCAUGAUCAUCGUUCUACCGGAGGACGUUGGUUCGGUGAUCUCACCCAAGGCGCAUGCCCUCCCAGCAACGCAAGUAGAAGCCAAGUGGUCGGAGAAGAUCAUGGCGUACGUGAAUUCCACGCAGAGCCCCACCGCUCAGCUGGUCUUCAGAGGGGCGGUGCUCGGCAACCGCAUGGCGCCGGUCGUGGCGCCAUUCUCGUCACGAGGCCCGAGCAGGCAAAACCAGGGGAUCCUCAAGCCCGACAUCACCGGCCCGGGAGUGAACAUCAUCGCCGCCGUCCCCAUGCCCAACGGGCUCGCCCAGCCGCCCAACGAGAUGGCGUACAAGUUCGACAUCAUGUCCGGCACGUCCAUGUCCACGCCGCACAUCAGCGGGGUCGCCGUGCUGAUCAAGAAAGCGCACCCGACCUGGUCUCCGGCGGCCAUAAAGUCGGCCAUGAUGACGACGACCGACACGAGGGACGGCCGCCGGCUGCCGAUGCUGGACCAGGACGGGCUGCCGGCCAACUUGAUUUCGAUGGGCGCCGGCUUCAUCAACCCCACCAGAGCCAUGAAUCCCGGGCUCGUGUACAACCAAAGCGCCCAUGACUACAUCCCGUACCUGUGCGGGCUCGGCUACAACGACCACGAGGUGAGCUCGAUCAUCCACCCGGCGCCGCCGCUGUCGUGCAAGCAGCUGCCGGUGAUCCACCAGAAGGACCUCAACUACCCGUCCAUCACCGUCUACCUUGACAAGGAGCCCUACGCCGUGAACGUCAGCCGCGCCCUCACAAACGUCGACAACGACGUAGGGGUGUACGCCGCGUCCGUCGAGCUCCCGCCGUCGCUGUCGGCGAAGGUGACGCCGGACAUACUCGGGUUCAGGGACGUGAACCAGGUGCAGACAUUCACGGUGACCAUCAGGACCAAGGACGGUCAGAAGAUGAAGGAGCGCAUCGCGGAAGGGCAGCUCAAGUGGGUCUCGCGCAAGCACGUCGUGCGUAGCCCCAUCCUCGUAUCUUCCAAGAAGUUCUUCAAAGAAAACUCGAUGGCUAAUAAUGGCCAGCGCGUGGGUGAUUCGUAG